UUUUAUAAUUCAUCCCCCUCCAAGAUUUCUACUUGAACUUGUGACUUACUUAAUAAUUCAAGGUGUCGGGCACUGAUAGUGUCUGAUAGUAACUGCAUUGCUUUCAGAGUGCAGUAAGUGUCUAAGGUGCAAUCAUGAAGUCGUUAAUAUUUGGAUUCGCUCUGGCUAUAGCCUCCCGCGGAGGAUUCGCAGCUCCGUUCCUGAAACCCUACACGGAGCCUCCGAUCCCACACACACACCACCACGGCGACCACUACCACGGCGAACGCGGCGCCUACGAGAGUCAACACAAAGUCGACCUCGAGAGCCAACAUCAACUCAGCUACGACAGCGUCAAGAAGACUCAGAUCGGCGGCGGCCACGGGUACUCCGGCUCAGGUUACGGAACUUCAGGUCUCGGAUCCCCAGGUUUCAGCCACGGCUCAGGAGGUCUCGGAUCCCCGAGUCUCAGCCACGGAUCAGGAGGUCUCGGAUCCCCGGGUCUCAACCACGGGCCAGGAGGUCUCGGAUCCCCGGGUCUCAGCCACGGGUCAGGAGGUCUCAGCCACGGUUCCGGCGGUUUCGGCUCCCCCACCUUCAGCCAAGGCUCCAUCGGAGGCCCCCACAAGGACGUCGGCUACGGAUCCCCCACUUUCAGCGGCGGCCCCCACACGGACUACAGCCUCCCGAGUUUAGGCCACCAGAGCGGCGGUUUCGGCCAGUCGGGCGCCGGGAGCUUCAGCCAGUCCUCGGCCGGGAGUUUCAGCCAAUCCAGCGCGGGGAGCGUGGCGCACACCGCGAGCGGUGUCGGCCACCAGAGCAGUUUAGGCCACGGCGGUCUGGAUUACGGCCACCAGACGAAGCUCGACCACGACCUCAAGGGCCACGGUUUGGUCGGGCCGGGGCACAGGAUCGACUCGGUCGGUGACAGGUACGCCAAGCGGGACGAGGAGCACGUUAGAACCGGUAGUUCCUCCUUCAGCACGAGCUACAGCAGUUCCAACGCUGGUGCCAACUCUUAUAAGGAGUCCACGAUGAGGAGAUACUGAUAGACGAUUCAACUGAAAUCCCGGUGCGUUGAGGCGUGGUUGUACGAUCAAUACCAUCGUCAAUAUCCCAAGGUCAGGCAGUGCAGGUGUCAACCGGAAAUGAAGUAACGAAAAGUCAAAGUUCGAGAGGUUCGGCUAAAUGGACUUCAUUUUGCAAUUCGGAACUAUAACUUCGUACUAAAACUAAAAAAUCGUGCAGGAAAAGUUGUGUAUCGACGAAAAUCAUGGGUUUUAAGAAAGGGACUAUACUCUUUGAGAAGGUUUCUUGAGUCACUGUAUCCGAAAUUUGGAAAUAUUUAGUUCGCGUUAAAAUUUUUAAUACGUGGUUUAGGGUUACGCUACUAUUAUGAAUAAUUCCAGGACAACUUUGUGAAUUGCGAAUUAAUGUGCGAAUAAGAUUUGCCAAGCGGAAAAAUCGUUUAACUGAAUUCGAA